GACACUAUUACUACUGACAUUAGACUGUCACUGUCAUUCAACUGAAAACGUGUUGUGUAUUUGUAUUAGAUACCCAAAUUUAUUUUAAUGUUUGACUCACUGUAAUUUUAUAGAUUUAAAAAACAUGAGAAAUUUAUAUCUCUGGGAUAUAUCUAUCCGAAAUCUUCAUGUGGAAUCUGAAAGCCUGAAUAGAAUUUGCUAUGGUCAUGACGAAAUAAAUUCUUCUGGUGAUUUAUAUGUUUGUUCAUAUAACCUUCAAGUACAGUGUUAUAAUGAGAACGGUGAAGUCAAAUGGAAUACAAAUCUUGGAGACUCUUCAUCGCCUAAUAACAGUCCUGUAAAUCUUACGUAUCUAACUCUUCCAAGUUCGUUAUGUGUAGGCCUGGAAAAUGGAGAAUUGUUCACUAUCAGGGAUUCUGGUCAAGUCUGUGAUUUGGCUGGUGUGUUUGAUGUUGGAUUAUUGGCUAUGGAGUGGAGCCCUGAUCAAGAACUACUUGUUUUGGUAACAAAAAAUUUAAAGACUAUUCUCAUGUCUUGUACCUUUGAUCCUAUAAAUGAAGUUGACCUCUUAAAUCAAGAAUUUGGAGAAAAGCAAUUUAUUACUGUUGGAUGGGGUAAAAAAGAAACACAGUUCCAUGGUUCAGAAGGUAAACAGGCUGCAAGAUUAAAAUCUGAAAUAAGAGCUGAUGUCAAUGCCAGCUCUGACACUACUGUCAAAAUAACAUGGAGAGGUGAUGGCAACUUAUAUGCUGUAGGUUUUACGAUGGAUGGGAUAAGACGGUUCAAAGUAUUUGACAGAGAAGGCAAUUUACAAUACACAAGUGAGAAACAACAGGGUCUUGAAACUAAUCUAUCAUGGCGACCUAGUGGUAAUGUAAUUGCUACGACACAAAGGCUUUCUGAUAAAUAUGUUGUGGCAUUUUUUGAAAAGAAUGGUUUGAAACAUGGUGACUUUAUUAUACCUAUUAAUACUACAUCUUGUAUAGAAGAAUUAGUCUGGAGUUCUGACUCUGAAAUAUUGACAUUACAGUGCAGAAAUCCAGACACAAAUAGCCAGAAGUUAUUACUGUUCACAACAGGCAAUUACCAUUGGUAUUUAAAGCAAACAAUAGAAUUUAAUCCUAAUCAAAAAAUUUGUAAAAUUAUGUGGGAUAAUGACUUUGAUGUUGUUAAUAACAAAAAGCUGCAUGUAAUCCUAGAUAAUGGGCAACAUUUUACAUAUUCAUGGAUAUGGAAUAUAGAUCAUAGUACAGGCAAGACUGAUGACGAUGAUGCAAUAGUUACUGUUAUUGAUGGACAAAAUAUCUUAAUAACAAGUUUCAGGCAAACUGUGGUACCACCCCCAAUGGCUGCUACAAAAAUUAAUUGUCAAUCUUAUAUUAAUUCUGUACACUUUGCUCCACAUAUACUAAACAAUAAAUAUGGGAAGUCUAACAUUUUUUAUAUCUAUACUACUGAUCAUAAAUUGGUAUUUUAUGAACAAAUACAAAAGUUUCCUUUAACAUUCAAAGAAAUUAAAACAUUGCAACUUGAUACAUAUGAUUUCUCAUUUCAAUAUUAUAAUUGGCAUUGGGUUAAACAUGACAUUCUAGUGUGCGUUAUGGUAGACAAUGAGCAAGGAUACCAAUUAAUAGAGUAUAAUAUAGAUAAUGACAAAAUCAUAAAACAAAAUGUAACAACAUUACCAGGAGCAGUGACAAGAAUUCAGUCUCAUCCUACAGAUUCCUCAUCAAUAUUUUUACAAUUAAAUAAUGGAGAAAUAUUACAGUAUAGAGAAGGCAGUAUACAGAUACAAGAUAUUUCAUUUCCUGUAGCAUGUCAAAAAUUUAAUGUAAUUUUAAUCGAAGAGGAUUUGUUUUUUAUAGGUCUUACACAUAAGGGCAACUUAUUAAUAAAUGGUGCAGUGGUUUUAAACAAUGUUAGUUCAUUUUUUGUACAUACUCAUUUUCUUCUUUUGACAACUUUGCAACAUUUGCUUUUGUGUGUUGAAAUAACAAAAUCAGGAGUAUCUGCCAUUAUGGAAUAUCAGAAGAAUCAAUCUGAACAUGUAUAUAGAAGAAAAAUUGAAAGAGGUGCAAAAUUAGUGAUUGCAGUACCUAAUGAUAUAAGAACUAUUUUUCAAAUGCCAAGAGGUAAUUUAGAAAGUAUUCAGCCCCGACCUCUUGCUUUAAAGAUAAUUGGAGAAUAUUUAAAUUCCUUUAAAUAUCAUGAGGCGUUUGAUUUAAUGAGAAAGCAAAGAAUAAAUUUGAAUUUGAUACAUGAUCACAACCCAGAGAAAUUUAUUCAAAAUAUAGAUAUAUUUUUAGAAUCGGUUAAAAAUAAUUCAUGGCUUAGCCUUUUUAUAUCAGAUCUGGAGAAUGCUGAUGUGACAAGAACAAUGUAUUCCAGUAGUUAUGCAGAUAAGAAAUCGACAGUAAAUUAUGAAAUUGGUAAUAAAGUCCAAAAAAUUUGUGACCUCAUAAGAAUACAUUUGACACACAGGCCAGAUGCUGAUAAUAAAAUAUUACCCCUACUUACUGCAUUUGUUAAGAAAAAUACUGUUCAAGAUUUAGAGACUGCUUUAUCUUUGAUAAAAGACUUAAAAGUACAAGAGUCAGGUGGUUCAAAACUACCCGUGGCAUCUGAUGAAGCUUUGAAAUAUUUGUUAUAUAUGGUUGAUGUAAACCAUCUCUUUGAUGUGGCUCUUGGAAUGUAUGACUUUGAUUUGGUUUUAUUAGUAGCUAGUAAAUCUCAAAAGGAUCCAAAGGAGUAUAUACCAAUGCUCAAUGAAUUAAAUGAAAUGGAUGAAGACUAUAGAAGAUUUACAAUAAAUAAACAUCUGAAGAGAUUUAAUAAAGCAAUACAAAGUCUUGUUAAAUGUGGACCUGAAAAGUAUGAUCAGUUAAAGACAUUUGUGAAGUAUCAUAGUCUUUAUAGAGAAGCCUUAGCACUACUUUCUCCUGAUAAAGAUAUCUAUAAAGAAAUAUCAGAUGAUUUUGGACUUUACUUAAAGUUGAAGAAAGAGUUUAUAAAAGCUGGUAUUAUUUAUGAACGAGCUAGUAAUUAUGAAAAGGCUGUUGAAUGUUACAAAGAUGCUUUAGAAUGGGAAUUGGCUUUAAAAGUAGCACAUUGCUGGCCUAAGGAAAAGCUUAAAAAUUUAUGUGGGGACCUUAUUAAUGGAUUAAAAGAAGAAAAACGUCACCAAGAAGUUUUAAAAAUCUAUGAACAAUAUUAUGAUGAUAAUGUAGAAGCAAUUAAUUAUGCCAUAGAUAAUGGCCAAUAUAAAACUGCAAUACGACUUUGUACUCAAUACAAUAUGAAUCAUUUGAAAGUUGAACGUAUUUUGCCCAUAUUAUUAGAUGAAUAUAACAAUUUACAAAAUUUGAUAGAAACAAAUUGGAGUAAUUUUAUUAAAUACAAAGAGAGGUUAUUUAUUGUAAGAGAAAAUAAAAAUAUACCUUCUGAAAACUAUGAUACCUCCUAUGUUAACAAGGACAGUGAUUUAUAUUCUGAUGCUGGUAGUACAUUGGCUUCUUCAUCAAGAGGGUCAAGUCGGAGUUUUCGUUCAAGUAAGAAUAGAAGAAAGCACGAGCGUAAAGUAGCAUCUCUUAAAGAAGGUUCACAGUAUGAAGAUGUGGCAUUAGUAAUGGCACUUCAUAAUUUGGUCAGCACAUCAUUCGACUUGAGAACGCCAGUGAAAGAAGUUAAUAUAGCUUUAUGUUGUUUUAAAAAAGAUGAAGAAGCCUUUCAUUUACAGACAUCACUUGAAAAAUUACUGACAGUUAUAAAGGAUAAUCUUAAGGAGAUUUGGACCAAUGAACUGGUAAUAGAAGCUACUAAUGCUUCCAUUGCAGCUCAAAAUACUCCUGAAGGCUGUAAUUUAAUACCACAAGGUAUUGCAUCUUUAGAACCUCAUAUCAGAAUAAGUCCUGUCAUUACAGAUGUAAAUUGGAAACUGGAUCUUAUUUAAAUUUCCCUAUUAAUGUUUGUAAAUAGGUGCAAUUUUACAAUAAACAAUUAUAAUAAUAAA